AUGAUUCCAUUAACUAUGCUCUGGUUCAUCGCCAAAAAGAUGCCCCGUUUCUUCGCACUGAUCUGCGACCUCGUUGCGAUUCUCCUGCUCAUCUUCCUCCUGGUAGGAAACAACAACGCUUCCCAGGCGUCAACUUACCUGACGAAGUUUGAGUUCUCACCAAAAUCGCCCAUGUACAGCAUCAUUGAAACGAGUUUCAACGCCGGAAACUCGACAGUGGGUCUCCAAAAAGUCCAAGUUUGCGCUGGCUACAUGGGCAUUUGCGUUACCAAUCUCCCCAGUUCCUACGCCGGUACUUCGACGCUUUGUUACGAUAGGAAAAACGUCUCGAACGUCGCCCUGUACCAAGAUCUUAGCGUCAAAGUGUUCAAUAUUCGCACUUCGGGCAGCGAGAGUUUUGCCAACUCAAUAAAAUCCACGGAACUCAAUCUUCUGCAACUUGCCCAGGACAAUUCCGUCAAAGUCAUUCAUCCCUACGUUUUGAUGGCAGUUAUAGUCCUGGCAUUGCUGAUGUUUUGCGCUACACUAUGUGCCACGGUGCCCAAACUUCCGGGCAAAACCUAUGUCAACACCUUUCUGCUGGUCCUGAGUCCUGUUCUGACAUUACUCUGGGGACUGGGAGCGAUGUGGACCGAUGUUGCAAUUCGGGCGGGCAAAAACUACAUUCCUCACGCAUCGAUGGGAAUUUUGAAGGUCAAGACGGGUACAAAGGCCAGCACAAUGGCCUGGUUCGCAUUUGCGUUCUUCAUUGUCAAUUGUCUCAUUCUAUGGGGACUGUAUUUCAGAGAUCGAAGAGCUCUUGGCAAGGAAAUCGACAAAAUACGAGCUAGAAAUGAUCCUUUUGACUCCAGAUAUCACAGUGACGGUUCUACACUAGCUAGCAAACACUGA